GCGCUGCUCUCACUGACCCGCGAGCCGAGGCGCAGCCGCAUCUCCAACAAGCCUCAAAUCUUCAGCAGCUUCUGUUUAGAGGAGAGAAGAAGGUGAAGAGCGUUUGGAUAAAAAGCACAGAGGAUUAGGUGUAAUCUGAAGGAGGAAGAUGAGCUCCAAAAUGAGUGUCUCUCUGGAAGCUGAGAGGAGGAAGAGAGCAGCAUCUCCAGAGCCCAGCUGUGUGUCUAUGAAGAGUGACCGGUCCAUGGGGGAACCUCCUAAUUUCAGCAGUGGAGGAGGAAGCUCUGGGUCUCGAACUGAAACCCAGAGAGCAGCAUCUCCAGAGCCCAGCUGUGUGUCUCUGAAGAGUGACCGGUCCAAGGGGGAACCUCCUAAUUUCAGCAGUGAAGCUGUGACUUCUGACCCAAAAUCUGUUUACAGGAGGAAGAGAGCAGCAUCUCCAGAGCCCAGCUGUGUGUCUAUGAAGAGUGACGGGUCCAUGGGGGAACCUCCUGGGUUCAGCAGUGGAGGAGGAAGCUCUGGGUCUCGAACUGAAAACCAGAGAGCAGCAUCUCCAGAGCCCAGCUGUGUGUCUAUGAAGAGUGACGUGUCCAUGGGGAAUCCUUCUAAUUUCAGCAGUGAAGCUGUGACUUCUGACCCAAAAACUGAAACCCAGAGAGCAGCAUCUCCAGAGCCCAGCUGUGUGUCUAUGAAGAGUGACGCGUCCAUGGGGGAACCUCCUAAUUUCAGCAGUGAAGGAGGAAGCUCUGGGUCUCGAACUGAAACCCAGAGAGCAGCAUCUCCAGAGCCCAGCUGUGUGUCUAUGAAGAGUGACCGGUCCAUGGGGAAACCUCCUAAUUUCAGCAGUGAAGCUGUGACUUCUGACCCAAAACUGGAUCAGAAUAAGAGAUCAGACUCACCUGAACCCAGCUGUGUCUCCAUGAAGAGUGACGAGUCAAUGGAUAAACCUAUAGGCUUCAGAGAGGAUAACAGAUCUACUGAUCUCAGUGAGAUUCCGAGAGAGAGGACAGACCCUCCUGAACCCAGCUGUGUCUCCAUGAAGAGUGACUGGUCAAUGGGCAGAUUAAUAGAAUUCAGAGAGGACAACAGUUCUGCUGAUCUCAGAGUCCAGAAGGAGACAUCAAAAAUUAGCAGAAGAAAUAUGGACUUCAUAUUUAAGAAACUGGAGCACAAAGUCAUCUCUCUGGUAAAGAAUCAGCUGGAGAGGUUUGUAAAGAUCCUGAAGAGUCUGGAUUACCCAGCAUGCUCUGGGAGAGAGGAGGAGGAUGAGGAGGAUCAGAGUGGUGUCAGAGAGGGAGCGCUGAAGAUCACGCUGCAUGUCCUGAGAAACAUGAACCAGACAGACCUCGCUAACAAACUACAGACCACACUGGCUCCGCCCUGCAACAGAAAGUUCAAAUCAACACUGAAGAGAAAAUUUCAGAGAAUUAAUGAAGCAAUCUCAAAUGCUGGAACCUCAGUCCUUCUGAAUGAGAUCUACACAGAGCUGUACAUCACAGAGGGAGGGAGUGGAGAGGUCAAUAAUGAACAUGAGGUCAGACAGAUUGAAGCAGCAUCCAGGAGACCAGCAACACAGGAGACACCCAUCAAAUGUAACGACCUCUUUAAAGACCAGUCCAUCAGAACUGUGCUGACUAAAGGAGUUGCUGGAAUUGGAAAAACAGUCUCUGUGCAGAAGUUCAUUCUGGACUGGACUGAAGGAAAAGCCAAUCAGGAUGUUCUCUUCAUAUUUCCACUUCCUUUUAGAGAGCUGAAUCUGAUAAAAACUGAAAAAAUCAGUCUGGAGGAUCUUCUUUAUCAGUUUUUCAAAGACACAGAGGACUUAAAAAAGAGAGAUUAUCAUCGUUACAAAUUCAUGUUCAUCUUUGAUGGUCUGGAUGAAUGUCGACUUCCUCUAGACUUCCAGAACAAUAAGAGAGUAUCUGAUGUAACACAGUCAGCCUCAGUGGAUGUGCUGCUGACAAACCUCAUCCAGGGGAACCUGCUUCCCUCUGCUCUCCUAUGGAUAACUACUCGACCAGCAGCAGCCAAUCAGAUCCUUCCUGACUGUAUUGAUCAGGUAACAGAGGUACGAGGGUUCAGUGACCCUCAGAAAGAGGAAUACUUCAGGAAAAGGAUCAGAGAUCAGAGCCUUGCUGAAAGAAUCAUUACACACAUGAAGUCCUCCAGAAGCCUCUACAUCAUGUGCCACAUCCCAGUCUUCUGCUGGAUCUCAGCCACUGUUCUAGAGAGGAUGUUGGGUGAAGCAGAGGGAGGAGAGAUCCCCAAGACUCUGACUCAAAUGUUCACACACUUCCUUAUCUUUCAGAUCAAACACCGCAGCCAGAAGUACCAAAGAAAAAGUGAUGUUGAUCUUGACCAGACUAGAGAGAUUAUUCUGGCUCUGGGAAAACUGGCUUUCCAACAGCUGGAGAAAGGAAACCUGAUCUUCUAUGAGGAAGAUCUGAGAGAGUGCAGUAUUGAUGUCAGAGAAGUGUCCGUGUACUCAGGAGUGUGCACACAGAUCUUCAGACAGGAGUUUGGACUUCACCUGGGGAAGGUUUUCAGCUUUGUGCAUCUGAGUGUUCAGGAGUUUCUGGCUGCUUUAUAUGAGUUUCUGUCCUUCAUCUUAAACAACAGUGAUGUACUGCAACAGAAACAGAGUGAAUUUGGUUUAUCCAAAAAAGGAACAAUGUCUGAAUUCCUGAAGAGAGCCGUGGACAAGGCCUUACAGAGUGAGAACGGACACCUGGACCUUUUCCUCCGAUUCCUUCUGGGUCUCUCACUGGAGUCCAACCAGACUCUCUUACGAGGUCUUCUGAUACAGACAGAGAACAUCUCUCACAGUAAAGGGAAAGUAGUGGAGUACAUCAAGCAGAAGAUCAGGAAGAAUCCCUCUCCAGAGAAAACUAUCAGUCUGUUCCACUGUCUGAAUGAACUGAAAGAUUAUUCUCUAGUGCAGGAAGUCCAGAAAUACCUAAAUAAAGGAGGUUUUAGUGAUCUCAGUAGAGUUACUCUCUCUCCUGCUCAGUGGUCAGCUGUGGCGUUUGUGAUGCUGAAUUCAGAAGAGGAUCUGGAUGAGUUUGACCUGAGGAAAUAUGACACGUCAGAGGAAUGUCUUCUGAGGCUGCUGCCAGUGGUGAAAGUAUCCAGGAAGAUUGUGCUGUAUGACUGCAGUAUUACAGAAGAAGGAUGUGCUGCUCUGUUUUCAGCUCUGAAAUCAAACCCCUCCCAACUGAGAGAACUGAAUCUGGCCUACAGUAAACCCGGAGAUUCAGGAGUAAAGAUGCUCUCUGAAGUACUCAUGGAUCCACGUUGUAAACUGGAGAAACUACAGCUGGAAUUCUGCAGUAUUACAGGAGAAGACUGUGCUGCUCUGGUUUCAGCUCUAAAAUCAAACCCCUCCCAACUGAGAGUGCUGAAUCUGAACUACAAUAAACUAGGAGAAUCAGGAGUGAAGCUGCUCACUGAUCUACUGGAGGAUCCUCACUCUAAACUUGAGAAACUACAGCUGGAAUUCUGCAGUAUUACAGGAGAAGACUGUGCUGCUCUGGUUUCAGCUCUAAAAUCAAACCCCUCCCAACUGAGAGUGCUGAAUCUGAACUACAAUAAACUAGGAGAAUCAGGAGUGAAGCUGCUCACUGAUCUACUGGAGGAUCCUCACUCUAAACUGGAGAAACUACAGAUCCGUGACACUUCACAAUUACGUGAACUAAAUUUAAACAACAAAAAAAUAGGAGAUUCAGGAGUGAAGCUGCUCUCUGAUCUACUGGAGGAUCCUCACUGUAACCUGGAGAAACUAGAGCUGUAUGGGUGUAAUAUAUCAGAUAAAAGCUGUGCAGAUCUGGCCUCAGUUCUCAGCUCAAACUCCUCAAAUCUGAGAGAACUGGACCUGGGUAAUAAUAAACUGCAGGAUUCAGGAGUGAAGCUGCUCUCUGCUAGACUGAAGAAUCCACACUGUAAACUGGAGAAACUGAAGCUGUUGGGGUGUAAUUUUUCAGAGAAAAGCUGUGCAGAUCUGGCCUCAGCUCUCAGCUCAAACUCCUCAACUCUGAGAGAACUGAAUCUGGGUGAUAAUAAACUGCAGGAUUCAGGAGUGAAGCUGCUCUCUGCUGGACUGAAGAGUUCACACUGUAAACUGGAGAUACUGGAGCUGUUGGGGUGUAAUUUUUCAGAGAAAAGCUGUGCAGAUCUGGCCUCAGCUCUCAGCUCAAACUCCUCAACUCUGAGAGAACUGAAUCUGAGUGAUAAUAAACUGCAGGAUUCAGGAGUGAAGCUGCUCUCUGCUGGACUGAAGAGUUCACACUGUAAACUGGAGAUACUGGAGUAA